GAAUCGGGCUGCGGUUCGCGUUGAUGAGUUUCUGCUUUAAUGAGCCCCGAAGCUCGGCAGAACACACAGUUCGACCGUCUCUCACCGGGGCCCAUCUCGGGAUUAUGCGCUGGCCGAGACCGGGACCCUUGUGUACCGUGAACCAGAGCGGAUGGCAUCUCCGGAGCUGAGCCUACUGGUGGAGCACCUUCCCCGGGACAAGAGGCAGCAGCAGCCUCGGUCUCCGCCCCGGACUUUCCUCUUCAGUCUGCGGACUCUAUUCGACAUCUUGGAGCAACAGAGCGGGGGUACGGUCGAACUGCGCGACAUUGAGAGGGGCUGGCCGGACGAGAGUAGCCGGGAGCCAGCUCUCCCGCCCGGGCUCAUUCCCUGCCUGCGUCGGGUAGCCGAUCCCGGGGGUCGCCUCACUUUUCCCCGCUUGCUGGCCGGAAUCAGGACGGCGCUGGAGCAGGAGACCGAGCCGGAGGGGACAUCACCUUCCGGAGAGCAGCAACACCGAGCAAAACCCUCCCCUCCGACCGGCUUCGCGCACCGAGAACCCGGGACACAGGGGAGUAAUGCCCCGACAACAGACAGCGGGAACCGCGCACUGGACCGCAGUGAAGGACCAGGAAUCAGUCGCUCACAGAGCAUCACUGGCUCCGUUGCUCAAGCCACCCAGCGACAGAGCUCCCGGUGCCGGAACGAGCCGCGGCGGCACACGGUAACCAGUGGCAUCGAUUACGACGUGCUGAAGCGGAUGAAGGAACUGGAGAAGGAGCGCGACGCACUCGCGCACGGCCUGGAGAUGGUGGAGCGGGUUCGCGGCUGGUACCUGCAGCAGAUCCACGGCGUUAGGUGGCGGCAGGAGCAAGCCCGGCGGGGGCUGGGGAAUGCGGACUGCCCCACUGACCCUCAGACGAACCGAGCCUGCCUCCUGUUGGCCAAGAUCCAGGAAGUGAACUGCUGCCUCAGUGACCUCAUGUCCUGCACGGGAAAGCCACCACACACCCAGAAUCCUGUUAAUGUGUUUGUUCCCGCUGCGAAGGCAAUUGGUUUCCACCGGCAGCCAGUCAACCUGCUGCAAGACCAGAACCAUCUGCUCACCAAGGAGCUGUCCGUGAAGAGUGAGCGGAUCGCCGUGCUGGAAAGGGAGAAGGCAUCGCUGAUCAAACGACUGAUCGAGACCCGAAGCCAGGGCGGUUCAGAGCCCAGUUGCGACGGCUCGACUAUCAUCUAGCCCGCUACUUGUCCGCCCCGUUACAGAAAAAGCAAGAGGAGUCAAGUGGCUGUCCCAAUCCGCCCCUCAAACUUUCCAGAUCACCUGACCGUGACUGUGUUCCCUAUUACAGUACGAUAAUUAUCCAACAUGCUGGACUUUGGAUGAAACUUGGUCCUAUGGCAAUGGGGGGAGCUGUACCAAAUAUGGGACCACUGUUCCUCCGAAAAAAAAUCCCUCUGUACCGAACAGAGAACUGUUACCUCUCAACUUUGAUCUUUGACAUGUCAUAGCAUGUUCAUCCAAUUGCAAUAACCCUAUCACUCUGGUCAAGGGUUCCGUCUAUUUAUUCUGUAUUUAUAUAAAUUAUUUGGAUUGG